AUGGCCGUGUAUGCUUGGACGCCGCACGCUACAGCCGAGGCCAUGCGGCUGGUCCGGUCUGUGUUCCAGUCCCGAACGACGCCCCUUUCGACGAGGGAGCUGUACAAGCUCGUCACCCAGCAGACGCCGCAGACACCGGUCGACCCGCCCCCGCCGCAGGUCUCGGUGAAGAGGGCCGGGGUGGUGAACCAGGUGCCGUACCCACCACAUCCUGAGCACCCUAUCCGGUCCAUGAGGUAUCUCAAGCAAGUAGUGCUACCGGCUAUGAUGGCCAACCACGAGAUCGAAAAGUUCCACACGAAGGUCACCCCGACGGAAGCAGAGAUCGCGCAGCGGCUCGCGGCCAUGAGCAAGGCCCAGCGGAAGGCGCGGCAGUCCUCGCUCUCGUCCUCGGCCGUGGACGCCUGGUUCUGGCGUACGCGCUCGGCGCCCCCGCCCAAGCCGAAAGAACCGAAGGAGGAAAAACCGUACGGAGAGGAGGUCGGCGUCGGCGAGGACUGGAGCCAUCUGAACAAGCGGCGGCAGCGAGCAAGGGAGAGGAAGGUUGGGGAGGCCGUGAAGUUCAUGAAGCAGGUGGAUGCGGUGAGGAGGUCGGCGGAGCGGAGGGCGGCGUUGGCGGCACAACCGGAGGCGUCGAGCUCUGCGCCUACACCACUGCAGAGUAGCUCAUGA